AUGCACAAAGGUCAACCUUACAGCCUACGCACCACUCCCACGACCCCUACAGCGCACAUAGAGUCCGCUCUCGCUCAGCUACAGUCACAGCUGCAUCAAUCGUCUCCCCACGCACUCGAGCCGCGUCAACACACGCCAGCAACAGCGGCGGUGGGCGGAGAGGCGUUCAACAUCGAGUCGGCGUCGGCGGGCCCGUGGGCGUCGUCUCGUGCGCCUGCGUCGGGCGGCACGGCGGCAGGGAUGAGUGCGGCGCUGGGGGCGAGCGCGAUGGACUCGCAGCUGAACCACAUGGGCAUGGGCACGGGCAUGGGCAUGGGCAUGGGCAUGGCCUAUCCAUACCUCCUCUACUCGCGCGGCCUCGCUGCCUCCACCGCAGCGGCGGGCGGCAGCGCGGCGGGCGCAUUGCCGUUCGGAUUGCUGGGAGAGUCGUCCGCCACGGCGGCUGGCCUUCCCUCCUCCAUUCCCUCCAUCGACGCCCUUCUCGCCGGAAACCACGCAGCCGCCGCGGCGGCGGCAGCAGCGCGUGUGUCAGCGUCCUCCGACGUGUCGGCGUCUCGCGAUCUGUCAGCAUCCGCGCAUCCCGCGGCUGAUCUCUCCACCGCCGCCGGGUCCCGCUUCAACUUCGCCGCAUUUCCUACCGCCGCCAGCGCAGACGCCACACCGCAGGCGGCGUCGGCGGCGAUGCUCAACUUCUCCGGCCUCUUCGAUCAGUCCGCGCCCGCUGCUCGGGGCGCACCCAGCGGCAGCACUGCGCCGAGCGACGCGCGGCACGGGCAGGGGCACCUGGCGGUGCUGCCGUUGGCUGGCUGCGAGGGCUCGGCGCGCAGCAUAGGCAGUGGCAGUGGCGCCAUGGGCGCGAACGAUGCGGCGUCCGGGAUGCUGUCGUCGUGGCUGCAGCAGCACUCAGGCCUGGCGGCGUUGGAGCUCGCGCCAGCCAGCACCUUGGAGCAGUCCGCCGCACCACGCUCCUCACAACAGCCCGACCAGCACCUGCCGCCGUCCCACUCCGCCUUACCGUUCACCCGCACCGCCUCCGCGCCCUCCCCCUCACAUGCGCUUCUCCCCGCGUCUCUCCCCCCAAGCGCGUCGGUCCCAGGCGGCAUCGACUUCAGCAGCCAGCUGGGCGCCAUCAUGCGCGCCGGCCUCGCCCCCUCCCAUGCGCCCCCGCUUGCCGCCUCCGCGCCCCUCUCCUCCCCGUCGCGUGGCGCCUCCAAGCCCCCCGGCGGGGAGUCAGCGGCGACGGAGCAGCAGAAGCGGGCGGCGGAGGAGCGGGAGAUGCAGCUGCUGCCGCGCUCCAAGCGCAUGGCGCCGCCGGGCGGGACAGGCGGACCGUUCCGCGACAGCGAGGGCGGGGGAAAGGCGCACAGAGCGGGCUUGGGGGGGAUUUCUGCUGUGGCGGGGCCGGGGGGGCUGAAUCUUGGGCGCAUGGCGGCGGGGCUGGGGGAGGACGUGGCGCGGGCAGCGGCGAACGGACGGCUGUUGGCGUCGGAGGAUGGCGUGCUGUGUAAGAUCCGCGCUAAGAGAGGCUGCGCUACGCACCCUCGCAGCAUCGCCGAACGGGUGCGGCGGUCGCGCAUAGCGGAGAACAUGAAGCGGCUGGCGGAGCUGGUGCCCAACACGGACAAGCAGGCCAACACGGCCGACAUGCUGGACGAUGCCAUCGACUACAUGCGCCACCUGCAGGCCCAGCUGCAGGCGGUGGCAGUGCAGCACCCCCACGUGGUGAUCGAGCGCUUUGUGAGCCGCUUUGAGCGCCAGCGCGGCGGCGAGGACGGCGAGCAGCGCGACGAGCGCAGCGACGGGGGGGAGGAGGGCGGCAGCCGGCGGGACGACGGUGGGGGGGAGAUGGAGAGGGGCGAGUCGGAGGGGAGCAGGGGCAGUGGCAGGGAGGGCGGGUAUGGCGAGGGGGAGAGGGGGGAUGUGAUGGGGGAGAUGGAUCAGCUGGCGUUCACUCUGCAAGCAGACAAGGCGUUGGUGGGCGGUGCAGGCAGCAGUGGUGGCGGCAGCAGGCAGGAGGAGCACUCUGGUCUGCAGCAGCAGCAACAGCAGCAGCAGCAACAGCAGCAGCAGCAACAGCAGCAGGCCUGGCGUGGCUUUCACCUGUGA